AUGCCAAUUUCAGUUCCUAUUCUCAUACCAUCACCUAUGCCAACUGAAAACCAAAGAGAAUCAGAUUCAGUUACUGAAUUCUACGCUGAAGAGGAAGCAUCUACCAGCUGCCUCUACCAGCAAAGAACACAGACCUCGAAUCCACAACAGUUGCCACAAGGAAGCAGAAGAGAACUCAAGCAGAAGCUGCAACCGAAAAAUUAUCACCGUGGCUACAAGAAAUAUGCGACUGACAAAGGCAUGCAGUUAAAGUAUCAACAAAACCAGCCAAAAGUGGCCAGCAGAAGGAAAUGCAAGGUCUCAAAGCAGCACCAAGUCUUUAUCCGAAGCUAG